CCUCGAUUAUUAUGAUUAACAAUAAUAAUAAUUAUCAUAAUGAUAUAUAUUAAUAGAAGAUAGAUAUAUACAUAGAGUUUGGCUUGGUUUUGUUUGGUUUAAAUUGGAUUGGAUUUUGAUUUGAUUUGAUUAGUCGAGGGGAAAGUGAAAUGUCUGAAUUGGUGGCCCGCACUGGUCGUCAUCAACAACGCUACGUAGACGGCUAUCGCCUCAUCGCCGGGUGCAUUCCAUUUAGGUAUAAGUAUUCUGAAACGGAUGAUGGUGAACCAUCUGAAAAGAACAUUGAAGUUCUAAUGAUUAGCUCGACCAGUGGACCUGGUCUUCUUUUUCCAAAGGGUGGGUGGGAGAAUGAUGAAACUGUUAAGGAAGCAGCGGUACGUGAAGCUGUGGAAGAGGCUGGAGUUCGAGGAGAUUUAAAGCAUUUUCUGGGGGAAUACUAUUUUAAAAGUAAAACACUUCAAGACGAGUUCAGUCCUGAAGGUUUGUGUAAAGCAGCUAUGUACGCUUUGCUUGUGAAGGAGGAGCUUGAUUCUUGGCCAGAAAAGAGCCUCCGUCAAAGACGUUGGUUAACAAUUGCUGAAGCUGGUGAAUGCUGUCGACAUUCAUGGAUGAAAGAAGCCCUGGAAGAGGGUUUCAGGAAGUGGCUCAGUGAUGGUAUGAUAAGCACUAUGGAAGAAAACAACCACAUUCUCACUUCUAUUUCCUCUCCUAAGGAGGAGGAAUGAAACCUUGAUGCUUCUGAGAAGGCACAUUUUGAAGCUGAUUUUCCCCCCUUUUAAUAUAUGCCCCCUUAUUUGUAGUUGUCGAGGAUUAGGAGGUCAACAGAGGUUUUAAAUGCAGAUAGUUUCAUUGUUUUAGAUAUUUACACUAGAGUUAAAUGGGAAGUGUUGUUUCCUUGCUUUCAAAAGUUGUAGGUAGGUUUCACUGGAUGUGUGAAUUUCUAAUUGGAUUUCAAAUGCAUAUGGGGUAUAUUUUAAUUACCUAAUCUUAUAUGAUCCAUUCUUAA